GGUACCAAAUGCUCAGUUUUUUUAAAUCGUCAAGUAUUGCAACUUUGCUUUAUGUAACUGUGAUUGUGAUAAUAUAAAACGUUAACAAGAAACGCCUUGCUUAUCGUAGAAUUAUUUCGUACAAUAGGCAUAAUAAAAAACCAAUAAAAUUAUAGUUAUUUGACUGUCACACAAAAGCGAAAGUUGUUGAACGAGUCCAUUGGAUGUAGUGCUAUGAAUUCAUGAAUGGCAUCAGCGGCGACUUUAGUUCAGCCUUCAGGAGAGAUGUGGAAGAAAAUUCGAGUGGAAUUGAAUGAAGACGUCAACACUCGUGACAGGGACCUAGCUGCAAUCAAGGACUGGCUUCGAAAGCAGCCACAUCUACCAGAUCAAUGGGAUGAUGGUCGCAUUAUGACUUUCCUCCGAGGCUGCAGUUUCUCUUUGGAAAAAUGCAAAAGGAAACUUGAUAUGUACUUCACAAUGAGAGCAGCGUGUCCCGAGUUCUUCACAAACCGAGAUGUGAAUAGGCCAGAGCUUGCUGAAUUAGUCACGAAAGUUCAAGGUGCUCCUUUGCCCGGUUUAACCCCAAAUGGACGUCGUGUUACUAUAUGUCGAGGUCUCGAUAAGAACAUUGAUGCAGACCAACUAAACAACAUCUUCAAGUUGGCGCUCAUGAUGGGCGACGUUAGACUGAAGGAAGAACUGGAAGGUGUUGGUGGCGAUAUAUACAUUCUGGAUGCUUCGGUAGUGUCACCCAGUCAUCUAGCAAAGCUAUCGCCCUCUGCAAUUAAGAAGUUCUUAAUUUGUGUGCAGGAGGCGUAUCCAAUUAAACUGAAAGAAGUUCACGUGGUGAACACAUCACCUGUUAUAGAGAGCUUAAUAAACUUCAUCAAACCUUUUCUCAAGGAUAAGAUUAAGAACAGAAUCUUCAUUCACUCUGACAUCAACACUUUAAAGAACCACGUACCGGAAGAGAUGCUGCCAGAAGAUUUCGGCGGUAACGGUUGCUCAUUGGAUGAAGUGAACAGUGCAUGGAUGAAGAAGUUAGAAGACUACACGCAGUGGUUCAAAGAUCAAGAGGCGAUUAAAGCAAACGAAGCUUUAAGACCUGGAAACCCUACUAAUUAUGACGAACUGUUCGGAAUUGAUGGCUCUUUUAGACAGUUAUCCAUAGAUUAAUGUUUAUCCAUAUUACUAUUUACACACGAAAAUAUAUUUUACAUGACAUGCGUCUAAGAUAAAAUUAAGAAAAAACACAUCUUUGUGAUACGUAAGUAAGUACGUAAAAGACGCUGCCUAGCCGUUUUAGGGAAACCAAUGUACCUUACUGAAAUCAAUUCCUGAAUAAUUUGAGGAAAAUAGAAAUAGACAUAAUCACAUACAAACUCUUACCCUACAACUCUGAAUUACAUUUAUGUUCUGUAAUGUAGCUCAAAAGCUAUUUACCAUAUAGGUACUACAAAAAUAUAACAAGCACUUAUUCAAACGUUAUAAAUAUACCCCUUCACUAAUAAACCUUGUUAAUCGGUUGUAUACUUACGCAAUGUUUUGUCUUCUUCUUUGGUAACAUGUAACAGGUACGCUGUUAAAAAAAAUAUAUUGUGUUAUAUAAAAUUAUAAAUAUAACCUAAAAUAAACUAUUUAAAAACUAAAUAAAAUCUAAAACGUCCUCGAAACCACCGCAGCGAGAAAAAAUAAUAAUAAUAAUAACAAUUUUUUUGUCUUCUUCUUUUGAAUAUCAAAUUUCUGAUUACUGAGAAAUCACUUUUCAACGAAUCCUAUCGUUUAUUUCUAAGUUUAUUUAAUUAAGAGAAAUUUAUAAUCUACACAGUUACUUUCUUUGUUACCGCAAGGCAAAAUUACAUUUAUUGACAUAUCGGCGGAUUAUUAAUAGCUGAGGAAAUAAUUAUAUGGGUAUUUUCUUAUAGGAAAUCUGUUAAAUUUAUUCCUCUGAAAUGUUAUAAAUCCAAAGUCAAAGCCCAACCAACACUAUUUACGAAAUUGUACUCGCAAUCAAAACAAGAGCUACUAGGGUAUCAGAAAUUUAAAGGUCUUAGUGGGAAAAUGAAGGCUUCUCAAAACAUAACAAGGCUUUUAUCAUAACAACCGGUACCAGGCGAACAUAGACUAUGAAGAGUUCUAAAUAAACACACUCCCCAAUGCUCUAAAAUGUACCUUUUACCCUUCACCCUUUUCUCCCACCCCUUUAUUACUACUACAUAGCAGUUGAAUGAAAAUGAAGGGUUCACAAACGGUAUACGUCGCAUUCGCAAAUCUUUGGGGUUGGGGUUUUAUUUUCUUUUGAUAAAUGAUUUAUUAUAAUAAAGUGGCAUAACCUCUUGUUUUAAGUGAAUUUAAUAAGGACCUGAUAAUUAGAUAGAUUUGUAUAUAAUAGACAUAAUUUGUAUCACAAUAAUUGUAUAUUCUUAAAAUCUCUUACAAUUUCAGUCAUUUAAUAGUAAAAGGACCAUAU